AUGGAACAUGGCGUAAUCAUCAAAGAAUCCAUCAUUACUAAUCUUCUCAUCAAAUGUGUUGGUAGUCCUACAUUUGCUAAAGUUAUAUGGAUUGCUCAGGAAAAAGGAGUUUCUUUGAAGUUCGGCUGGGCUUAUCGGCAGAUUUCCCAGAAAGUCUUCUAUAAAUGGGGAUUGUCGUCAUUUCUGUGGGCAUUUUUCAUUGCCAAUGAAAAGCUGUGA